UCAUGGCGGCGCGCUGUUCGGCAGGACUUGCAGGGAGAGCAGGACUCGGCAGUUUCCUGCGGAGAGUUUGUUGUCUAGGAAGCUGCAGCUCCCCGACAGCCCUGCUGUGUCAGCAACAUCGCCGCUUCUUCUGGAGGAAGUGGAAACAUUCUCACAAUGUUGUUCGCCCAGCUACUGUCAGGCCUGCAUAUGCAGUACCCAAGCACAUUGUGAAGCCGGACUAUGUCAGCUCUGGACUGGUGCCAGAAUGGCCGGACUACAUAGAGAUCCAAAACGAAGAGCAGAUCGAAGGCCUGGCCAGAGCAUGUCAGUUAGCCAGACAUGUACUGCUGCUAGCUGGACGCAGUCUGAGAGUUGGUAUGACAACAGAUGAAAUAGAUUUCAUCGUGCACCAGGAGACAGUCAAGCACAACGCCUACCCAUCCCCCCUCAGAUACGGGGGUUUCCCAAAGUCGGUGUGUACAUCUGUAAACAACGUGGUCUGCCACGGCAUACCUGACAGUCGGAGACUUGAAGAUGGAGACAUCAUCAACAUUGAUGUUACUGUGUAUUUGGAUGGUUACCAUGGCGACACCUCGGAAACCUUCUGUAUUGGUCAGGUGGAUGAGGUUGGGCGGCGACUGGUGGAAACUGCCAGACGUUGCAGAGAUGAGGCCAUCGCUGCCUGCAAACCGGGCGCACAGCUCUGUGUUAUAGGAAACACUAUCAGUGAAAUAGCUCAUUCCAAUGGCUUCCAAGUGUGUCCUUAUUUCAUUGGACAUGGGAUAGGCUCCUACUUCCACUGUCAUCCUGAGAUUUGGCAUCACGCUAAUGACAACGACAUGACCAUGGAUGAAGGGAUGGCUUUCACAAUAGAGCCCAUCCUGAUGGAGGGAUCUGUGGAGUUUAGGAUCAUGAAGGACAAGUGGACCGCAGUGUCUGCAGAUGAUAAAAGGUCAGCUCAGUUUGAGCACACGGUGGUCAUCACGGCUGAUGGAGUGGAUAUUCUUACCAAACUGCCGGAGGAGGACACUCUGUGACCUGAAGGACUGCAGCUGCUGAUUCGUACAGCACAUGAGCUACCUGUUGGUGACAACAAAACACUACGAACUUAACUGACGGCUUAUGUAGAUGUAUUUUAAACAACUAUGCAGUUUCUAAAGUGUAAAAAUGGUCACUUUUGUUUAUUCACUGAGGCUUUGCAUACUGUAGCUACACGUAUCGGGCACAACAGUAAACACCUGCCUUAUAUUGUGUGAGCCUCCCUUAUGUAAUAUUGUAAUAAUGGGAAGAGGAUCCUUUGGUUUUUGUGGGUUGAAGUGUUGAUCUUAAUAGUUUAGGCUUUUUGUGCUGCGUCCCAUGGAUGCUGAAUCAGACUGGAAGCCGGAUCUAAUACCUUGGGCUCUUUUUUAUGAUCCCUGAGCUGAUCCUGGGCAGUUUUUUUGGGGUGUGACGGCCCUCAUUGUCCUGCUGUAGAAGCUGCUGCUGCUGCUACAUGUCCAUAUAACAUCCAUAUGAAUGCCAGUACUCCAGGUUUCCCAGCAGAACGUUCUCACAAGGAGUUCAGUGUUAUUCAAGUCACCUAUCAGUGGUUUUAAUGUUUGUGUGCACAACCUUGACAAAUAUGGCUGCAGGUGCAUCUCAUUACUUAAGUUAAAUUUUAUGCAUGUGUGGGUGUUUAUAGUGUCAGUAUUUGGAGGGUCAGAGGGUCUAACACAUUUACAGUUUUAGUUUUUGUAGCCCCGCAGCAUCUGACUAGUUUAGGCAAGGAUUUUCCUCAAGACAGUGAAAUGGGAAUAAUUUGAGACACAGUCUAGACUCCUCCAGCACAACGACAUCUCCUCAUGAUAGCCACAAAGCAAUUAUUGUAAAAUGUACUUAAUCUUAGUCUAAAUACUGUUUCAAAUCCCUGGCUACACUGCAAGGUAUAGAUGGUUACAAAUGGCAAAAUACCUCCUCACUCUAAUGUGAAAGUUGCUUUUUCAUUAAAUUUGUGAACCCUCUGUAUGCAAUUGUGUUUGAGAGUCACUUUUAUUUUUUAUUAAACUGUGCCAAGAAUAAUUAGAUUUAAGAAUGUUCAACUAAAAAUCAUAUUUGAAUGUAAUCCUCGUCAUACCAUUAAAAGCCUAAAUUCAAAUCCCAGAAGCAUUAGAGGAAACCCCCACAGGUAGUAAUCACAGCUCUGAAUGUGAGUUAAAUGAGUCACUUGUGUCAGCUCAGAGAGACAUUUCUGCACACUUUAGAAUCAUAAAAUACUCACUGUGUAAUAGACACUGAAUUAGCCUCGAUCAUCUCCUUCAACGUGACAUCCUGUGUGGUUAAACACAACCACUAGGUGGCAGCAAACACUGCAUGUUGAAGCCACUCAGGUUUCACAGUGAAGUCUCUCCUGAUGUGCAGCAGCAAACUGUGUCUGAACCGUCUCUGUUCUGUUUGUGGCUCCCAGCCAUAACGCAAGAGCUGUAAAUCUCAGCACAUUUAAGCCUGUAUUUUACAAGUUAAAGUCAUCAUUGAGGGGUUCGUCUAAAUCAAGCGUCUUUGAUUCAUCGCUGUGAAAACUUAACUGACACUUUCACAUCGUCACCAUUCAGUAUAACCUCUUCCUAAAUAUAACAGGAUGAAGGCAAAGUUAACCAGAUAACUUGGUUAAAAACAAAGAAUCUGUAAAACAAGAGGUUGAAAAACUGUGCUAGGGGGUAAAUUCCAGGCUUCUUUUUUUCCCCCAAUUCCUCACUGCUCUCUGUAUCUUUUGUCUGCAGGUGGAUUUAAUAAAAACAUGAGAACAUAGCAGGUUUUUUUUUUUUACUGGUUUCACAAAGCUUCUCCCAUUUCUCGUGAGUUCAGGCUUUUUAGUUGAUAUAGAAGUUUAAUGUGUGAUCAAAAACUGCCCUUAAAACCCAGUCAAGCUCUAAGAGUUUAUCCAUUACACUAUAAUGUGAGUUUGCUGGUGUUGUAAUGGUGCAACUGUAACUGGGGUGAAGUGAGGAUGCUUCAUAGAGCAAAAAAAAUAAAAAACAUAGGAGGAGAACUUGGACUCCUGCCCACUGAGGGUGUGUUUUCACUUCCUGCCAAUAUACUCUUGUGUGUGUGUGUGUGCUCAUGCCAGUGCCAGUUCGCAGGCGAGGCAGGAAGGAUUAGACAAAUAAAGGUGGGUCAGCUAAUCUAGAGUCUGGUCAUGUCCAGCCAGGAAAUGAUUCACAUCAUUUUUUUAAUUUGAUGUGCGACAUCAUAAGAACUACAUCUGCAUUUAUUCUGCUUUUAUUGAGCAAAGUUGUCACAUUAAAGACCUUCCCAAACA